GGACGGUCAUCGAUUCUCCUUGUGAUCACGGACGGCUGAGAUUGUCCUCACGAUCUUAUAAAUAUCUUCCCACUUCCCUGCGCCGCCCGAAAACCCUCGGGGUUUAAGCAAAGGAGAGGAAGGAAGUCACUCGGCGAAGGGGAAACCCUUCGAAGGAUUUCAGAAUGGCUUUUGCUAGUAAGAUCGGCAAUCUACUGAAACAAACUGUAAGCAGACAUGUUGGAUCUGGAACAUCUUCCCCUGCAAAUCCAUCAUUAUUUCAGGCUCUACGUUUCAUGUCAUCUUCAAAAUUGUUUGUUGGAGGGCUUUCAUAUGGCACUGAUGACACCAGCCUAAGGGAUGCAUUUUCCAGCUACGGGGAGGUUAUUGAAGCGAGGGUCAUCAUGGAUCGGGAAACUGGUAGAUCUCGAGGUUUUGGUUUUAUAACCUUUACAUCGUCUGACGAAGCUUCUUCUGCUAUUAGUGCUAUGGACGGCAAGGAUCUUCAUGGGCGGUUAAUUCGUGUGAAUUAUGCGACAGACAGGUCAGGGGGGUUCCGUGGUGGAUAUGGAGGUGGGGGUGGUGGCUAUGGUGGUGGAGGUUAUGGGGGCGGUGGGUAUGGUGGCGGUGGAUAUGGUGGUGGUGGUGGAUAUGGUGGUGGUGGCUAUGGUGGCAAUCAAGGUGGGUAUGGUGGUGGAAGUAGUGGUGGUGGCUAUGGUGGCAAUCAAGGUGGGUAUGGUGGUGGAAGUAGUGGUGGUGGCUAUGGUGGCAAUCAAGGUGGGUACGGUGAAGGUGGCAAUUAUGGUGUUGCUGGAGGUGCUGGUGGCAAUGCUGACAACUACAACAGUGGUGGUGGCAGCUAUGGUGGAACCGGUGGUUUGAGUUAUGGAGGCUCUGGUGGCAGCAGCGGCUAUGGUUCUGGUAACCCCGGUGUUGCAGGAGGCAGUGGAAAUUAUGCCAGCCACGGUGUGGAUGAUGGAGGCUACAACGUCCCACCACCAUCGACUGCUGAUCAAGGCCUCGAAGAGCCAUUGGAAGGAAAUUACAGAGAUGAUGAUGAUGAACCUGAUGGCUAUGCUGACAAACGGUCUGCCUGAACAGUAAUCAGUACGUGUAAAGAUUGGCCGAACAAUCAUCAGACUCUAAGAGAAGCUUGUCGACGAUGAUCUUUGUGUUCAUCGUAUUUCUAUUCCGGUUUUAGUUUUGUUAUUCCUCUGUUUAAAUUCUCUACUGGUGAAGUGGAAACAGUUAUCAAACGAACGGUUUUGCAAAUCAAUGGUGACAAAAAAAAGAUUCGCUCCUUGUUAUGGUUAA